UUUCCGAGGGGUGCCGAGCAGCAGAGACUGCUUCAACUGAAAGCUCUCAGAGGGUGACGGGAUGUGUUUUCAGCUGGAUGGGAGAGCGAGAGUCUGACAGCCGGGCGGCCAUCGACGCCAAGAAAGCUCAGUGGAGGAAAGACCUGGAUGAGCAGGUGGCCCAGAAACAGCAGCGUCCCGCCUCCAGUAGACUGCAGGCUGAGGAGGACGCAGACAGCCUGGCUUCGGUUCGGAGCUCGCUGGGACACCGAGAGCCGCCGGCAGCCAUCAGGUCCAGCCUCAGACUCGGGGAGUUCACCCCCAUGGAGGAGGUGCAGAGCCUGGAGCGCAGGGAGGAGCAGAGGAGGCGCUGGCUGGAGGAGCUGGACCGGCAGAGGGAGGAGGCCACUGAGCGCAGGAGGCGGGAGAAGCUGCAGCAGAAGCAGACGGAGGACCUGGACCUGUGGGCCUCGCACUUCGACUCCAUGCAGCCGCGGCGCCCCCCCGUCCAGCCGGAGCGGGGGGACUGGGAGCCGUCCUCCAGCCUGUCGCUGGUCUGGGAGGCGGAGAGCGUCGGGGGGGCCAGCGUGGACACGGCGGGGGGCCACACCUCCAGAACCAGCUACCUGAGGACCAUGACCUCCCUGCUGGACCCGGCCCAGAUGGAGGAGCGGGAGAGGAGGAGGCUGAAGCAGCUGGAGCAGCAGCGAGCCAUCGAGGCGCAGAUCGAGGAGCGGCGGCAGCAGAGGGAGCGAGAGGAGGCCAGGAGGCGCCGGGAGGAGGAGGAGGAGGACCGCAGGGUGGCGCUGGAGAGGGAGCUGCUGCACCGGCAGUACGAGCUGGAGGCGCAGAGGCACAAGCAGAAGCUGCUUUCUCAUGGUUCUGAUCAGGAUCAGCCAGAGAAGGACCACAAAGACAAGAGACUGCAGGAGACACAGGAGCCAGACCGUAAAAAACAGCCUGAUUGUUUGGAGGACGGCGGCGGUUCAUCCUCACACAGAGACGCCGCAGUACAGACAGAAGCAGCGGUUUCCACCCUGGACGUUCCUCACGGACCACUUCCCGUUCCUCCUCCCGCUCCCGCUCCUCCGGACGGCCGCAGCCGAGCGGCGAGAUCGGGGAAGGAGAACAUCUACGUGGCGGCGGGAGGAGAUCCGUACCAGCCGUUCGCCCGGGCCGAGAGGAGCCGGAGGGACAAGAGGAGGCCGGAGUGGAACACACAGAGGCCCAGCCGGCGCUUCGUUCCCGCCUCGGAGCGUUACCCGGUCACCCUGCAGAAGAACCGGCAGGAGAGCCGUCUGAAGCGGCAGGCCGAGCUGCUGGCUCUGCAGGAGAGGAGCUCCUCCGGGACCGACCCCCCUCCCCCUCCCCAGCACCCGGACCCCCGGCCCUGCUCCAGACCCGGCCCCCCCAGGAAGGUGGAAGCUGAGUUCAGUGGGCAGAACGGCGCCGCCGCCGCUCCGGCUGAGAGGGGGCGCUCUCCUCCGGCCUCUGCAGUCAGACUCAGGGUUCACGGCCAGCAGGCGUCCUCCUCCUCCUCCGACCCCCCUCCUGUCCUGGAGUUCAUCCCCUACGUCCGGACCAAUUGAAGUCCUCACCUGGACCCCCUGGAACCUGCAGAUACCCCCCCACAGCUCACACACUCAGGUUCUCCUCCUGCUCACCUCCCACCCGGACCCCCUGCUGCACCGCGAGCUGCCGAGAAACCCCUACACCACAGCGGCAGCAGGAGAUCCUGAGGGCCUGGCACAGCUGAGACAGGGUCUACUACAGAAACAACGGGAGCUGGAGUCAGAUCUCAACCCUUUCCUGAGGCGCCAUGACAACGACCACUGGUCGCCCCCCGACGACGCACUACAUGUGACCUCACGGUGACCCGCCGACAGGAAACGGUCAACGUGCCAAAACGUGUCGGCAAAGCAACUAAAAAAGCAUGAUGCUUCAGUAUCAUGAGGACGACGAGCACACUGCCUCUAGUGGUGAGGAAGGUCAGUCUUUAAAGGAUCAGGUCAAAAUCUCACCUCAGUCUGAAUCAGCUGAUCGGUGGGCGGGACCAGGCUGCAGCGUCUCCAUGACGCCACGCAGCCACGCAGCCAUAAAACUCUUCAGAGAAAUCAAGGAAGUUUCUCUUUUUUGUUUCAACACCAGGGAUUCGAACCAGGGUUCCCCCACACCAAGCGUCUUGUUUCAACUGAAGCAAUGUGAAUAAAAACUGUUUUUUUUUUAUUC